UGCGAGAACUCGAAUAGAAAUCUUAUAUCAGGGUACUGUUGUGAAUCUGGCAGAUAUUCUCGUGAAUUGAAUUUACGCCUUUAAAUUAUACAGAAGAUAAUAUAACAGGUUUUAAUGAGAAUCCCUGCGAGAUUAUACUAAUAUAAAAUGGAGGAGAAUGAAUUUCCAUGUUAUCAAUGUGAUUUUAUCGGCACUCGAGGGAAAGAUUUGAAGCAGCACAUGGAAAGCCAGCAUGAACUUGUCAGAUUCCCUUGUAAUAAAUGUGACUAUUCUGCGUCGGCAAUAUCUAUUCUGAAAGCGCACAAGAAAGUUAAACAUGAAGGAGUACGAUUUCCAUGUGAUCAAUGUCAGUAUGCUGCCACCACAUUAGCAACGUUAAGAAGACAUAAAGAAAUUAAACAUGAAGACUCUGCUUUUCCCUGUGAUCUGUGUGAACAUAUUGCUCGCGGUUCAUCAUCUUUAAAACAACACAAGAGAAGAAAACACGACAAAAUCGGCUAUAUCUGUGAUCAUUGUGAUUAUGUUGCCGCCUAUCCUGCCCAGUUGGUUCGACACACAGAGAUCUCCCACUCAGGGGCUAAUUUUAUCUGUAAGCUGUGUAAUUAUGUAACAGCUCAACUUUCUCUAUUUAGAACUCACGUGGAACGAAAUCAUGCUUUUACUAAAUGUCCCGGUGACUCAAGCAGACCCAGUUUAGAUCUGAACUCUUAUAAGGAGAUAUCUCACUCUAUCAUAAACAAUACUCCCGUUGUAACGGAUAAACCAAAUAACCGGAAACGGAAAUCCAGAAAAAGAUCGGAUGUACAAAAUCUUUUAUCACUCAGCAAACCGGAUGUGGUCAUCUGUGAACCGGAUCUUGGCAGUUUUGAGCCAGAAUUGGGAUUUUAAAAACAUGGUAUAUACGCCUAUUUAGAACCGGUAUUAAAAAUUAGUAGAAAAACGAUAAUAUUAAUUUAUUUUAAUCUUUUGACAAAUAAGACAUCG